AUGGCGCCUUUCGAUCUCGAUGCCUGCAUCGACCGUCUUCGGGACAAGCAGCUAUUAGGAGAGGCUCUUCUCAGAGAAAUAUGCGAGAAAACAAAGGAGGUGUUGAUGAGGGAGAGCAAUGUCGUCCAUGUCGCUUCUCCCAUAACAGUCGUCGGCGAUAUUCAUGGUCAGUUUCACGAUCUGAUAGAGAUCUUCCGUAUAGGAGGAUCGGCUCCUCAUACGAACUACCUAUUCCUAGGUGAUUAUGUUGAUCGAGGUCUACACUCGGUGGAGACAAUAUCUCUUCUCACCUGCUUGAAGCUUAGAUAUCCGGAGAGGAUCCACUUGAUACGAGGCAAUCACGAAUCUAGAGCUGUUACACAGACUUAUGGUUUCUACCUUGAAUGUACGAGGAAAUACGGAUCUCCAGCUGUGUGGCAAUACUUUACAGAUAUGUUCGACUUUCUCACCCUCAGCGUGGUCAUUGAUAAUGCCAUCUUCUGCGUUCAUGGCGGUCUGAGUCCGUCAAUACACCAUAUCGACCAAAUCAAAAUUAUAGAUAGAUUUAGAGAAAUUCCCCAUGAAGGUCCCAUGGCAGAUUUGGUGUGGUCAGAUCCUGAUCCCGAGAAGGAGGAUUUCGCAAUCAGCCCCAGGCGUUAUUUCAAUGUAUUCAGCGCUGCACCGGAGAACGAAAGGGACGGGCCCAAUCAACAACAACAAGUAAAAUAUUUCUUGUGA